AUGCUCGACUAUGUCUUCAUGUUCGAGCCGUGGACCAUAGCGAAAGCGACAAAGAAUCGGGACUGGCUCGUUGCGGCUACGGCAUCUGUCGGCUUGACGCUCAAACUCAUCAUCGUCAUUGCUGUGGCACUCGUCAGUCCGACGUUCCAGAUUGUGACUGCUCGAGGUGCGAGCUUGAACCUACACAACACGUUCGUGAACGAUCCUACUGGGUUACGGAAUGCUGGUGCCCUGCCUUUCUUUACGAUGACCGCCCUCCAGACGAAAGGCCUCAACUUCCCAGACGGUACUUCGAAAGAAUUCGCCUUCCAAUCAUUUUCUGCUGACUUGCCCGCUACUGCUGAGCUGAGGACCAACGUCGAUGGCUUCGAAUCCGAAAUCGAGUGCGAGCCGGCACAGUUCAGCCUAACUGGUGUCCAGUUCAUCCAAGCUUCGGAUGUUCAGCUCAACGCCACCAUAUCGACCCCGAAUUGCACCCUGACGCAGACCAUCCCUAAUAUGGCGCUGAUUGGCUUCACGCUUCCUACCUUCUUCAUGGCGUUCCAGGCUGGGAUGUGCGGGAAUUCGCCAUUCCCCGACGAUGGAAGGGUCGUCAUCAUGACGGGAGCAAUUCAGAUCAACGAAUCCAGUGUACCGACGGAGAGCGACGUUUUCAAUGUGCCCAUUUCGGGUGCUGUCUCAAGGUCCGCGGCACUCAUCUGCCGUCCGUCAUACUUCCUCACAAGAGUCCAUGUCACCAAGAACAACACGCAACUCAUCAAAAUCGAACGCAACCGCUCGGCAGCCAACAAGACUCUCGAUCAGGUCCACCCUUGGGACAUCGUCCAAGGGCACUUCAACUCCUAUCCCACUGAUUCGCAGAUUCUCGCAGCGAUACCGAACAUCAACAGCCGGUACCCCGGCAUUGCCAUUGUCGCUUCCGAUGCCGUCAUGAACUCGGCCGUCGCUAUGCAGAUCAAAGACAAUGGGCUUCCUCCGAUUGAGACCUUCUUGAAGACAGACAACCUCACGCAGAUCUCGACGGCGUACUGGAAGCAGUAUACCGCUCUCGUCGCACGCAGCUCGAUGAUGGGCGAAACGCAAGAGAAAUCUACCGGUACGGCCGUCAUCAUUGGUGAGCGACUUAAUGUUCGCCAAAUCCCAGCGCACCUCCUGUCUGGACUCCUGGGCUUCGUUCUCAUGCUCGUGCUCGCCGCGAUUGCACUAGCGCCGGGAAAGGGCUUCUUGCCCCGCGACCCCAAUACCAUCAUCAAUAUGGCCACCCUUCUCGCUCACAGCCGCCAGCUUCUUCAGUGUCUGCGCGGCACGGGUGCCGCCGACACAUCGAUCGUGCGGGAGAAGCUUCUCGGCACGAACUACUACACUGGUGUUGAGCCCUACGAAAAGGCAGAAAAGGAAGCAAGGGGAUACUUCAAGAUCUUUGGCGGUGCUCCGCCCCCUCAGAACCAGCCGCCCGAAUUUGUGCGAAACGUGGACUGGAAGCACCCGUUGCCGCUGCGCCCCUGGGCCAGGCUCGCCGCUGUGAUGACUAUGAUUGGCAUGAUUGUCGCCCUUGAGGUUGUGCUUCGCAUAUCGAAUGCACGUGCGGGCAUCGCGACGACCAAGGCUAAUACCGAUCGUCACUUUCUAUGGACGACAGGGACUGGUGUCAUUUUCGGUCUUGUGGUGCUGUACCUCGCUGCCGCAGACUGCGCGACACGAUGUCUAGCGCCAUACGCGAAGCUCAAGGAGGGGGGAUCCUUCGAGACGACAGUUCACCUUGACUUCAUGGACAAGUCCAAGCAUAGAAUUCUGUUCGAUGCUGUCAAGACACAAAACAUCGCCGUCGUUUUCACUACCACCGCUCUAAUCGUCGCGUCGCUCCUGGCGACCUUCUCGGGUGCUCUCUAUAGUACGACACCGAUCCCAUCUACGCGGCCAGUAAACCUUCAGACUCUCGACAGCUUCAUCAAUGCGUCGGCGCCUUGUCCUACCUGCACCACCGAUACUCUCCUGGCCUCCUUGAUCCUCGAUGCGAACCUGACUUUCCCGUCCUUUACCUUUGAGGACCUCAACUUCAACAGCCUGCAACUUUCGGAGCCCCUCGACAUGAAAGAUGGUGCUGGCACGAUCAUCGCUACGGUGCCUGCCCUUCGCUCGCGGCUCGACUGCAGACUCUACCCGCAAUCGGAGAUCAACACAAACUUUAUUGUCCCCGACAUACCGAAUCAGUUCUCGCAGGACAUGAAGGUUAACAUCGCCGGGGAGCCAUGUCUCGACCCGUCGGUCCGAUCCAACGCCGUCUUACCACCGGGGGUGUCUCCCUCGUCCGUCUUCGGCGUCGCCACACCACGGUCUGCCGCUUCGUCUCAGUGCUCCGAUUUCACCUACGUCUGGGGUCAACUCUCUGAUACUACCCCCAUGCAAGUGGGCUACAUCUCAGCCUUGGGCUGUAACGAGACGCUCGAGACCGUCACAGCCAAGAUCCGCCUUACUGGUGCCUCGCUGCACGUGGACACCACCUACCCUCCCGUCGUCCAGGAAAACACCGCCAAGCCAAUCAAGCUUAGGUUGCUUCCCCUGCAAUACGGACUUCUGGCCAAUUUGACCACGGGCAACCAGCUCGACCCCUUCUUCAGCUCCCUCGUCACAUCGCGAUUCGCGGUACCCGCGGGGAACUUGGGCGAUCCGGGCCUGGGCAAGAGCGGUCUCGUGGCGGACGCCAUUGUUCGGCAGCACGGCAUCCUUCGCGCGCAGAACCUCAAUGUUAACUCCCGCCGUCGCCUACCCGAUAUCACGGCACAGCAAACCAUUCCCGCCAUGCUGGAGUCGACGUCCGUCACCUCGCUGCGGCGCCUGGUGCAAGAUAACGCCUCGACGCGCAUCAUCCAGUCCGUGCUCGGUCUUCUUAUCGCCCUGACGCUCGUGGCGUGGCUCCUCACGCCCGGGACGGAUACUAUACUCCCGCGGAACCCGUGCAGUAUCGCCUCCGUGGCGGCACUACUGGCCGACGGCAAUGUCUUUGGCUUCUUGGGCCGUGGGGCGGAGUGGCAGGCGACGGAGGAGAUGAAGCGUAGUUUCUUGGACGGGAGCCAUUCGAUGGGGUUCAAGAUCGGCUAUGAGCGGGUGAGGAAGCGGAGAGGCGCGGAGGAUGUAAACGGGGUUAGAGGAGACGGGGAUAUGGCGUACGGCAUCAACGUCAAGCGCGGGGGCGGGUGGGGUGGAGGUGAGGAUGUUGGGCUUGGGAUCUUGGCGAGGGUGAAUGGGGCGCAGAGGGGGUUUGUUAGGGGAUGGGGGAAGAUGUGA